AUGUCGUCAACAACUACGAUCACUGCCCAGGGGGUCGACUCGUCAGGGAGUGGUGAUUUGCCUACAGAUGUGUCGGGUACAGAGAAGGCACUUGUAGCCGAAGAGAUACUUGUGGGCUCCCAAAGCUCUCCACGGGAUGUUCAUGGACUCAAAUGGGUGCUAGUUGUCAUCUCAAUCUUUUCUUGUGUAUUCCUCUUCGCACUAGACAACACGAUUGUAGCAGAUGUGCAACCGGCGAUUGUCAAACAGUUUGAGGACCUGGCGAUGCUUCCAUGGCUCUCUGUGGCCUUUAUGCUUGGCGCUGCGAGUACUCUCUUGAUUUGGGGCAAGGCAUAUGGUCAAUUUAAUUGUAAAUGGCUGUAUAUUGUCACAACCGCCAUUUUUGAGGUUGGCUCGGCAGUCUGUGGCGCUGCCCCAACCAUGAAUGCGCUGAUCGUGGGACGUGCAAUCUGUGGUCUUGGAGGCGCCGGUAUGUACUUGGGUGUCAUGACCAUCCUCUCGAUGCUCACAACGCCUACUGAGCGACCAAUGUAUCUUGGAAUGGUUGGCUUGACCUGGGGAGCAGGCACAGUCCUCGGACCCAUUAUCGGUGGUGCUUUUACAGACAGUUCUUCAACUUGGCGCUGGUCUUUUUACAUCAAUCUUUGCAUUGGAGGUCUCUUUGCCCCAGUGUUCUUUUUUAUGAUCCCUAGUGUGGACCCUCGUCCGGGAACCCCACUCAAAGACCGACUGGCACAGAUCGACUGGUUCGGCCCUAUCAUGUUUAUCGGUGCCUAUGUAUCAGGCAUCAUGGCCAUUGCCUUUGGUGGAGUCCUUUACGAAUGGAGUGACAGCCGUAUCAUUGGCAUGUUUGUCUGCUCUGGGGUCCUUUUUAUUCUAUUCUUUAUCCAGCAAGGAUUCAACAUUAUGACAACAUAUCACAAGCGGAUCUUUCCAAUGCAAUAUUUGCGGAACAAGGAGAUGAUUCUCCUCUUUAUUGAGACUGCCGCAGCUGGAACCUCCUCGUUUGUUCCGAUUUACUUUAUUCCUCUUUACUUCCAAUUUGUGAAGGGUGAUGGUGCCCUGGAUGCAGGAGUGCGUCUACUUCCCUUUAUUAUUCCAAUGGUCAUUUUUAAUCUUGUGAAUGGAGUUGGAAUGAGCUUGACGGGUUAUUACAUGCCCUGGUAUCUUCUUGGUGGGAUAUUUGUCCUUGUCGGUGGCGUACUGCUCAAAAUCACCACUUUGACAACGAGUGUGGGUCAAAUAUACGGUGCCCUUGUCAUCGGCGGUAUCGGAACUGGAGUCUUCUCACAGGCUGGGUUUUCUGUGGCGCAAUCUCUAGUCCCGCCCGAGGAGAUUCCCAUGGCAGUGGGCUUCAUGACCUGUGCCCAGGUGGGAGGUUCAGCCAUUGCUCUCUCCAUUGCCAAUACUCUCUUCCUAAAUCGUGCAACCGUUCAGAUUAUGGAUCUGCUUCCGACUGAAAGUGAGACCACCAUCCAGGCCAUGAUUUCUGGCGCAAACACGGCACUCCUUGACUCACUGAAUGCUGCCUUGAGAACCGAUGUUUUGAAGGCUAUUGUCAACGCAAUCACGGAUGCUCUGGUUCUCAAUCUCACUGCAGGAUGUAUUGCUGUUUUGGUGGCAGUUUUUCUGCGACGCACAAAGAUGAGCCAGACUCAUGGCGCAAUAGGAGGUAUGUGA